AGAAAUCACAAACAGCAAGGCAAAUGAGAAGAGGCGUGGCUGCGCUUUCAAACUGGCGGGCUGCAGAGCUCCCGCCAGAAUUGGAAACGAAGGCAUGAAGGCGUGCAUCGGAGGCCCUCGGCACAUGAGCAAAAACGGGGGAAGCAGAGUUCAAACUUGCCGAGGGGUGGCAGAUGACGAAUUGCGCGGAUUGACGUUAACGCCCGGUGCAGAAAGGUGCACAUCAUGCACCUGCCUCAAGGAUCCCUCGCCCCAUAAUUCUUCGGAAAGUAUUUGGUAACACGGCGAUCCUCCAACAUUUGUCAGCGCUACAGGGGAACCGAACGUCGAUUCUGGAUUGCGUCGCGGAUUCUGUUAAGCGAGGCUUUCGUGUUUCAUUGAGGUAUCUGGAACACGAGGUCUGAACGGUAGAAUCCAUGGUCUUGUUCGGACUCCAAUGAUUUCGAAGAAGUCAUGAUUGAGGACACUUUGAUCCUUCUUUUGUGGUUGAAGCAACGGAUUGGAUGGUUGUCAGGACCCAAGUUGUCAAGGGGACGAUGGAUCCUGGUUUUCGGUCUUGAAUCUCAGCACUGAAGGAAAUGAAAUGCAGGAACGUCGUAAUCUGUGACUACCGCAGGGCUGUUUUCCGAUAUGAAAUGGAUCCAGUUCAGCGGAUUUUUUUCUUGGUUGAACUCCGAGCAUGAGUUGGGACCUCGUCAUUCACGUGUUUCCUCUUCUUCCAUCGUUGGCUGACUCGUUAACAUGCUUGUGUUCUGCUCCAAGAGACGGCGGAUAAACUGGUUACAGGACCUGUAAGUUUAUCUGAAUCAAAUGCUUGCUCGACGACUUGGCGAAACAAAACAGAUUUUUAUGCUGGCCUUGAGGGCACUUGGGAGCCGUGCUGCGACGUCUUGCACUCAUGAUGCGGAAGAAGGUCCGACCUCCUUCGAGAGUGGGCUGCUGUGCUAAGAAGAUAAUUCAACACACCAGCUGACACUAUCGGAAAUACAGGUGCAUUGUGUUUAUGUUAAGGGUCUUUCUCAGCUGGACCAUUCGGAAUAUGAAGCCCGCAUUCGGUUUCAAUGCAAGCUGCUCACCAGCAGUUGCGACCAUUUCAGAUAUACUGCGGUACCCAGCAGAGUUGUUGAGUGUUGUCUUGUCAUAAAAUGACACAAAACCUUGGAUGCUCCGAGGAAGUAAUCAGCACCAGAGAAUUUAUCAAAGCAAAUCCAGCUCAUGAUAUAAAUAAUGAUGGCGAUUUUCUCACUUAUCAGCGGCGAGUUCAAACAUCUGGCAACAAGAGGAAGAGCUGUGGAAAUAAUCCUCCAAGUAAGUUGAAUCGUGAAGGGAAUGAGAGCGAGACUGAUCAGGAGGAAUUAGAUCUGAUGUGUAAAAAGCAUGAAGUCUUCUAUGGUUCUACAGCACAUCAGCCAAAGAAGCCAUGGUUUGAGAUCUGGAAGUCAUCAUGUAGAUCUAUCCGGUUGAAGAGUAACAUGGGGUCCAAGAAGACAGUCGCUUUGAAGCCGAAACGGGUUACCGGUCAAUACUUUCUGGACUUAGGCCAGAAAGAUUUCUCUUACUCCACUUGCCCUGUCUGCGGUUUAUUCUAUGCUCGUGGUCUCGAAAACGAUGAAAUUGUUCACCGAGUUUUCCACAAGAAUAGGACCCAAGGCAUACAAUUCAAUGGCUGGCAAAAGGAGCGAGUCGUUAGCAAGUUGGAUGACAAGGGCAACCGAGUUAUAAUUGUUCUUCCGGAGGACACUCAUCAUCAGCAUAAGGUGAAGGAAGUCAUUGAUGUCGUGGAAGUCGAGCUUGGUCUGAGCCCUGGUUGGUUGAAUCAGACAGCAUGCAAGGUUUACCUAUUCAUAUCUUCCUCGAAGAAAGUGGUCGGUUGUCUCAUGGCGGAGCCAAUCAAACAUGCCUUUAGGGUACUACCAUCCAAGAAGCAGGAUGUUGGCGAUAAGCAAGUCAACUCUGGAGUGGACAGAUGGUCUUCGCUGAGAACCGGUGAACUUCGUGGGGGUACUGAAGCGACAAUUUUAAAUGAAAUCCAAAAUCAGUCUGACGCUAGUGUUUCAGAUCGUUCAACUCCAGGAAGAGAUGUUGGAGAAGUAAAUCCGACGAAGGUGGUGGAAUUACAUGAUGUUCCAAAUGUAUGCCUCCAGCCAGUCACUCAGCUUUCUGCACAAUGUAGCAGCAGCACCUUGACGUCAUGUCAUACUUCCGAAGCGUCCAGUGUUUGUGGCGAGGAUAUCCAAAACUUCACUCGCGAGACGAAUUUUGUAGGUACUAAAGCUAGAAUGUGGAAGCUGACGGACUUUUAUCAGCAACUAAGGACCUCUGCAGCGGUUGGAACGGAUAAUGCUCCAACCACUUCCAACUCUUCUCCUUGCUUGAACUCUGUUCCUCGCAUCCAUACUCAUGCAAACAAAGAGAAGACCUUGGGAGUUGGCAGUUGCGGGUGGAACAAACCAUCGAGAAUAUCUGAUUAUUUUACCAGUACGCGUAAUACAUGUAUUUUACCUGAAGGAUCUGAUAAUCUAGAGGAAAACUGUCAAAAGGCUGGAGCAACAGGUAACGCAGCUUCAGAUGAAGCACAGGAAGUGAAGGAGCAUGGUGUUUCUGGGGAACAAAAGAUUAAGCUAGAGAAAGUGACAGAGAUUAGAAAACUUUGUAGUGAUCCAGCAGGACAAGGUCAGGUGGAGAAAUGGGGUAACCAUGUGUCCUCUGAUCUUGAACUCGUGGACACAAUGCACUUCAAUUUCAAACCCUUAAAGGCACAUGUAGAUAGAUGUUUACAAGAGACAAGGUUAGAACAUAGAGUUUCCACCUCCGAGCAUUGUGUCUCGAGUACCACCUUCUUACAACCUAAGAUAGAGGUCAAAGAGGAGGCCAGUUUGCAUCGGCCACCUGCCCAUGCAAUUUUAGAUCAAAGCCAUACCUCAAAUUCUUCUCAUAGGAAAGGAGGUGUACAGAUAUGUAUGAAAGACGAAGUUUUGCUUAAAACCGAGCUGGAUGCUGAAGAAGAGCUUCCGGGAAGGGAAAGUGAUGAUAUCUCAGCUAAGAAGAGUGUACAGAAAAAGCCAUGUGUGCAGGUCAGAUCUGGAGCAAAUGUACUCCAACAAUUCGGCAAUGUGAAACUAUGUAGGGAAGUACUACCAAGAAAGAGAUCGCGCCAGGAGCAUGCACAGGAGCUAGGUAGUAGUGCCAUUGUUUACAAUACGACACCUAUUUCAGCAGUAUGUGGAGCAAGAGUAAUCUGGGUUUCGAAAUCAGAAAGGCGAAAGGGAAUUGCAUCACAUCUCCUUGAUGCUAUGAGGAAAACGUUCUGUUUAGGUGUCGUCUUGGAGCCUUCUCAGUUCGCAUUCUCUCAACCAACUACAGAUGGAAGAAAGUUCGCCCAGCGAUAUUGCAAAACGGAUGAAUUUCUGGUUUAUACCAGCUAGAUUGCCAUACGGCUUCUACCCGUCUUAAUGUAUGUAAAGUAUAGAGCUCUCUCAUCCAAUGCUGAUAUCCAACAUGAUUGGAUUUGCCCUUAGUACGUAUCAUAUAACUAAUGAUUGUUUCUGCCUCAAAAGCAGGUGUCAUCUUGAAAGCAACGAUUAUCUUUGUUCUAGAGCUAAGCUAUUGAACAUUUUUUCUGCUGUGGAUGGUACACAGGUUUGUAUGUGACCACCACAAAUGAAGUCUUGCAGGUGCCCAUAGGGCUCGUUCAGGAACAAUCUGUAAAUCACGGGAGUUUAGGGUAACGCAUCACAAGAAUGUGAUGGUUGAGCCAGAUUACUUUCUGUUUGUUUGUUGGAAUACUGUAUGGACUGAAUAAAGCAACAGGGACCUGCCUAACCUUUGUAGAUUCUUCUGCUUAACAUUGCCCGGGAAACAAUAUUCCCCCAGGAUGGGACCUAUGCUACAGAUGGAAGUGGGCCCAUGUGGCAUUGAAUGAGCAAUCAUUAUUUGUACAAGCUACGGAAGGGGUUCAUCUCUCAAUCACACUAAAGUCAAGUUGGGGAAGCAUACGGCACAGUUGGUGGCUUGAAGGACUUUCUUGAUACUCGUAGCCAGGUUCAUUGUAUCAUCUGUGACUUAGUCAACUUCGUUAGAUUCCAUAGUAAAUUAGGUAACAUUGUACCAGAACCUUGCCUUGUCUGUGGACGUUGAAAUGUGCCUCAUACUCUACAGCUAAAAGUCUACACCGAAGCGGCCUCACCUGGCAUGUAAUCUCGU